UCAAUCCACUUUGCUACGUAAGUCCUUAACACUGAGACCACAUGUUGACCAUCUGGAGUAGUAAAUAACAAUUGUGGCAAUAAAUAAUUAAAUUAUGGAAAAACGAGCUGAGCCAUUACUAAAGGAUGAUGAGAUGCCACAGCUCUUUGGGAUUAUUGUGGCGAUAUUUAUUAUCAUUUUGACAAUCGUUCUAUUCAUUGUAUGGCAGAGAAAAAAAUCGGUUGGUCGUAGUGUUCUCAUCACCGGUCUCUGUGAUGCUGGAAAAACAUUACUUUACGCACGAUUGGUUCAUUUGCGAUUCAUCGAGACGUACACAUCUGCAAAAGAAAAUAUUGGAGACAUCGAAAUUAAAGAGAAUGCUCUACGAAUUGUAGACAUCCCGGGUCACGAGCGACUGAGAUACAAAUUCUUCGAUAAAUACAAGUCAUCAGUCCGAGGUCUGAUCUACGUAAUCGACUCUGUGACCUUUCAAAAAGACAUUCGUGACGUGGCAGAGUUUUUCUACACUUUGCUGUGCGACUCAGCAGUGAGAAAGUCCCUUCCAAUUCUGGUCCUCUGCAACAAGCAAGACCAGACACUAGCUAAAAGCAGUACUGUCAUCCGAAAUCUCCUCGAGAAGGAAUUAAAUCUCGUUCGUUUGACCAAGUCCAGUCAGCUGGAGGCGACCGACGCCUCCUCCAACAACACAUUCCUAGGAAAAGAGGGCAAAGACUUCCAAUUCGACGACUUGAACCUGAACCUCGAGUUCGCCGAGUGCAGUGCCUUCAGCAAAGACUCAGAAACCUCCGCCGAUAUUGAACAACUCCAGGACUGGCUCGAGAGGAUCGCUUGAAGACUUUAAAACAUUUGUUGUUUAUUUCUCAUUUUCUCAGUGUUCCCACACUAAUUUCAACUCAUUGGGAAAAUCGCGUAUGUUAAGCAAAAGGUCGUAUAGACUCUUUUUUGUAUUUUUCACGCAAAAUUUAUCUCAAAACGAAAAACUUACUAUUAUUUGAGUGAAUAGUUGAAUUGAAACUAUUUUUUUUUUCAACUCAAUUUUACGUUAUAAACAAAUUCUAAGAGAAGGCUGUAUCCUUACGUUUUUCGAUCCUCGAACAUUAAUUUUCCAAAACUUUUUUGUUUAAUUUCAUUAUCAAAUCGUGGGUAGAAUUAAGAAAGUGAUUCCUGGGAGUGACGUUCAGAAGAAAAAAGUAAAUAUAAUAUAAAUAUAAUUUUCCAUAUACGACCUUUUUUAAUAAAUGCGAAGUCAUGAUCUCCAGUUCUGAAUAAAAAUAUUCUACUUUUGAA